GGCCGGGCGGGCGGGUGCUGCAGGCAGCCCAGCCGGGAUCCAGCGCUGAGCCCCGGCGAGGACACCGAGGCCGCAGCCCCGCCUCCGCCCCGCCCCGCGCCCAGCCGGUCUGCGCCCGGAGCUCGGAGCAGCGCCCGGGCCGAGCCGCAGCGGCAGCCGGAAAUCGGGCCCGUGCGGCGGCCGCCGACCCGGCACGAGCCGGGACCCGACGCCGGAGUCGGAGCCGGCCGGGCCCGCGCGGGUCAUGGCGGGACCGUGGGGCGCGCUGCUGGCCUGGUGCCGCCGCCAGUGCGAGGGCUACCGUGGCGUGGAGAUCCGCGACCUGAGCAGCUCCUUCCGGGAUGGCCUGGCCUUCUGCGCCAUCCUGCACCGGCAUCGGCCCGACCUGCUAGAUUUUGAUUCACUUUCCAAGGACAAUGUCUUCGAGAAUAACCGUUUGGCCUUUGAAGUGGCCGAGAAGGAGCUGGGGAUCCCUGCUCUCCUGGACCCCAAUGACAUGGUCUCCAUGAGCGUCCCCGACUGUCUCAGCAUCAUGACCUAUCUGUCCCAGUAUUACAACCACUUCGCCAGUCCCAGCCAAGCUGGUGUCUCACCACCCACGAAGGACCUGGCACCCUGCUCUCCUCCAUCUGUAGCACCCACACCAGCGGAACCAGGCAACGGGGCUCAGGGCAAGAAGCUCUCCUCAGGCAGCCUGUCGGAGCAGGGUGCCCACCAGGCCCCCAGUAGCACCUGUGCAGCCUGCCAGCAGCACGUGCACCUGGUGCAGCGGUACUUGGCCGAGGGCAGGCUGUACCACCGGCACUGCUUCCGGUGUCAGCAGUGCUCCAGCACCCUGGUUCCUGGGUCUUACAGGAGUGGGCCUGAGGAGGGCACCUUUGUGUGUGCAGAACACUGUGCCAGGCUGGGCCCAGGGACAAGGUCAGGAGCCAGGCUAGGGCCCCUCUCACAGCCAAAGCAGCAACACCAGCAGCAACUUGCAGAAACAGCCAAAGAUGUCCUAGAAGGCAGCCCCAGCCCCACUGUGGCUGCAGGGGCUGAGGAAGAUGGACCCAAAGGCAGCCCUGAGGCCCGGCCCCAGAUCCCCAUGAAGCCCCGGGUUCCUGACAAACCACCGGAGCUAGCCAGCCCCCCAGCUGGCCGGCCCACACCUGCCCCCAGGAAGGCCAUUGAGAGUGCAGCCCCAGCGCCCCCCACACCCCGGCCCCGCUCCAGUCUACAGCAAGAGAACUUGGGGGAGCAGGCUGGCAACAGCGGCCUGGUGAAUGGAAGACUACAUGAACCGCCUGUCCCCAAGCCAAGAGGGACACCCAAGCUGUCUGAAGGGACACCAGCUUCCAGAAAGGACCCCCCAUGGAUCACACUGGUGCAGGCAGAGCCAAAGAAGAAGCCCGCCCCACUCCCCCCUAGCAGCAGCCCUGGGCCGCCUGAAGGGGACAGCAGCUGGGUGGAGAAUGGAGGUGUGGCAGAGGGGGCCCAGCCGAGCCCAGCAGCCAGUCUGGAGUCCAAGUCCCAUAACCCCUUUGAUGAUGAUGACGAUGAGGAGGAGUCCACAGCUGCACCCAGCUUGGCCAUCAGCCCUGCCCCAGCCCACCCAGAGUCCACACCCAAGUCCCUGCAUCCCUGGUACGGCAUCACCCCCACUAGCAGCCCCAAGGCAAAGAAGCGCCCUGCACCCCGUGCGCCCAAUGCAUCUCCACUCGCUCUGCACGCCUCCCGUCUCUCUCACUCGGAGCCACCCUCGGCCACACCAUCACCAGCCCUAAGUGUGGAGAGCCUGCCAUCAGAGAGCUCCAGCCAGAUUGCUAGUGGGAAGCUUCUGGAGCCGCCAGCUGUGCCCAAGAGCUCCUCGGAGCCUGCUGUCCAUGCCCCUGGCACCCCUGGAAACUCUGCCAGCCUUUCUGCCAACUCUUCCCUGUCCUCCUCUGGAGAGGUGGUACAACCCAGCGUGGUGCAGACACCUCAGGCCAGCCCUGGACUUGCCCCCAAGACCAGGGGCAGUCCAGGUCCCCAACCAGCCAAGCCCUGCAGUGGUGCCACCUCAACCCCACUCUUGUUGGUUGGAGACAAGUGCCCAGCAUCUCCCCCUGAAAGUUCAUCCCCACAGUUGCAGCUAAAGUCUUCCUGCAAGGAGAAUCCUUUUAACCGGAAGCCAUCACCCGCAGCAUCCCCAACCACAAAGAAGGCCACGAAGGGAUCCAAGCCAGUGCGGCCACCUGCCCCAGGACAUGGAUUUCCACUCAUCAAACGCAAGGUCCAGGCUGACCAGUACAUCCCGGAGGAGGACAUCCAUGGAGAGGUGGACACAAUUGAGCGCCAGCUGGAUGCCCUGGAGCACCGUGGGGUCCUGUUGGAGGAGAAGCUGCGAGGCGGCGUGAAUGAGGGCGGUGAGGAUGACAUGCUGGUGGAUUGGUUCAAGCUCAUCCACGAGAAGCACCUACUGGUGCGGCGGGAGUCCGAGCUCAUCUAUGUCUUCAAGCAGCAGAACCUGGAGCAGCGCCAGGCUGACGUCGAGUAUGAGCUUCGAUGCCUGCUCAACAAGCCAGAAAAGGACUGGACAGAGGAGGACCGCAGUCGGGAGAAGGUGCUGAUGCAGGAGCUUGUGACCCUCAUUGAACAGCGCAAUGCCAUUGUGAACUGCCUAGACGAGGACAGGCAGAGGGAAGAAGAGGAAGAUAAGAUGUUGGAAGCCAUGAUCAGGAAGAAAGAGUUCCAGAAGGAGGCUGAAUCUGAGAGCAAGAAGAAGGGGAAGUUCAAGACCAUGAAGGUGCUGAAACUGCUAGGAAACAAGCGUGAUACCAAAAGCAAGUCCCCCGGGGAUAAGAGCUAACAGCAGCGAGGGAAGCCAGCCAGGGACUGCCCCUGCCUGUGCCUGGACCACCCACCUCUCUCAGAUCAGUGAAGAGGAAAGAUGACUUAAGGGGAGGGAGCCUCUGGGUGAAGGCCUCUCACUGUGCAAGGUCCUUCAGCUCGGCUGGGCCAAAGAAGCCUCCUUCUUUCUCUGAGGCCCAGGCAGCUGUGACUCAGCCCUGCCCUGUCUGGUUCUGAUGACUCCAGAUGCUGUGACUGACCCAAGGGGGGGCAAAUAAGAGCCUAUGGUCCAGGGAGGAGCAAUGGCUGAGCACAUCUGCUCCUUGUCCUGCCCAGCCCCUUCUGUGACAAGGUGGCUUCUUGGGCCGUCUUCCCUCUGGACCACAUCCAGAUGGGAUUCUUAGCUCUCAGAGUUCUGCCCACAGUGACCUCUGGCCUGGGUCUCCCACUGCCAGUGUUCUGUAAGCAGGGCCUAGCUACACUUCCUGCCCUAGCCCUGGCUCUGAGUCUCUGUCUUCCUGUAUGUAGGGGUGUCCCUGAAUCCCAGGCUCUGCUCACUCAAGAGCUCUGUUAAUGAAGUGUCUAAGUUUGGGCUCACUCCUGAGUGGUCUAUGCUGUCAGACACAAAUGGGCCUCAAGGGCAAAUCCCUGCCCCUGCUUCCUCCGAGGUCUAGGGGGUGCUGCCCUUAUCUCCCCUCAUUCCAUGAGGAACCUCACCUUCCAGAGCUGCCAUGGCCAUGCUGGGGCAGGUGGUUACUUGUGUAACACCCCCCAGUACUCAGUCCCCCGGAAGGGCCUCAGGGGGCAGGCCUCAGAUGCAGUUCUGGUUCCUGAUUAUUAGCCUGGGGAGGGUGCUAAUCUUGAUUCUUUAACUCAUAGUCUGACCUCUAAUUUAGGCUUCCUCCAGCAUCCCAAGUCCAGGGGCCUGUGCCCAUUGGUGGUCAUCAGUAGUCUGUCUGUUCUCCCUGAUGCACUUCCACUAAAUACUGAUGGCCACUUGCCCUACAGGGAUGGCUGUAGGAGAGGGGAUGUGAUGGGGACAACCCCCCUUUCCUUAGGAAAGGUGCCCAGCAGCUCUUUGUCAAAGCACUGUUGCUAUAAGCUAUCCCUGGGACGCCCCCAGGCCUCCUCCCUGAAGACACCUCUGGGAAAAGAUCACACUGUAUUAACUUGUGAGGAUUUUCCUCAUCAACAAUAAACAGAGACAACCUCAGCUG